CUACUUUGUUUGUGACCGAGUUGCAAAUCGUUUCAGAAAAUUCAGUCCAUAUUUCGUGUACAUGAAAUUAAGAAGUGUAGUUAUAGUGUUUCAAAUUGCUAUAAAAUUUAAUUAUUUUAUUUCAGACAGUUUACGCGAGCUAUUCUAACAAUUUCUCGAAGAUAGGGUACCGUCGCAGGAUACAAAAGGAAAACAUAAAUACAAAUAUUACAAAAUGGAAACGUCACUUAGUUCCUGUGUUGUGAUAAUGUGAAUAAUGUUUUUCGAUUAAACAAUGGCCAGUUAAAACAUUCCUACGGUGAUAUAAUACUGCGGAUAUUUUUAAUUAGUCAAACGUGAUGUUUGUGUGCGUAGUCAAUGAGAUUUCAAUAUGAAUUGGUUCGACACGUCUGGUUUAACGAGUUUGGCGAAGACAGCGCUGAAAGAAGCUCAGAAGACGCUGGACAAGGCUCUGGACAUCCAGGACGAGAGCGGGGAGGAGGAGGAAGCGGGGGCCUCCACUUCUCAGAUGAAAUCGUCGCCAGGUGAAAGUGAAACGACCCCAAAAGACAACUCUGAUUUCUUUGCCUCUUGGGGCCUUACAGUCAGCGCUGAAGGCCCUCAAGAUACCAACGAGCAGACCGUAGUCACCGAGAGCCCUUCUAAGGGCUCUCAAAGCCUCUGGGGAUCAUUUGCAGGGUCUUUCUUUGAACAUCAAAAGAAUUCUGAAAUAGAUACAGCAAUUGUUCAACCUCCAAAAGCUAAGUCCAUGAAUGUUAUUAAUGACUCAAAAUAUGGCAGUGCUACUGACUUGUUCUCCAAAAGCCAGCUUGUUAUGUCUGAUGAAUCAGAGUUUGAUGUUAAAAAGGUAAAAGAUGAUGUCAAGACCGAUGAGAGACGUAAUUCAUCCCGCUCAAAUAGAUUAUCACUGGUGUCGAGCAGGAACAGCUCUGACUCUGUUGAGGUAUUGUCACAGAGUUUGAAGACUACUCCAGACUCUGAAGCUGCAUCUGUACACUCCAUCUCCCACAGUAGCAGUGUUGGUCAGAAACUCAACUCUGAAUCUGUGGAAAUUUUACCAGACAGCCUUGUGAGUCCCAGCUCUAUUGAAUGCCUAGGCUUUGACAGUUAUUCCAGUGAUAAAAACAGCAGUACAUCUUCAAAUCUCUCACCUGGCGAGUUGAGUGACAAGAAAUCUACACCAGUUGACAGGACUGAGAAAGCGGAGACAGCAGACAGUGUCAGUUUGGUAGCCGAUGAUGAUGAAGACACCAUGUCCUAUAAUUCCAUCUCAGAAUGCACAGCUCCUACAGUUUUAGAUACUGAUGACAAGCCAGUAAGUCCAUUUCCAAAAAGAGAAAGCAAGAAGUUGCUAGAGAAAGAAUUUAUUCACUUAGAUCCUCCAUUGCUACCACAGAAAAUGCAGAUUAGUGAGAACUCAUCUAAUGACGGAUCCUGGUCUGAUCGGACCUUGAAUGCUGAUAAUGACAGUAUGAUUCUAGACUUAAAUGUUGGCGAGCCAAAGAAAGAGACUGAACCUGAAGAUGUGCUUAUGGAGAAAUUGAGUGAUUCAUCCUCAUUUUACAAUGUAAAUGUUUCUGGAGAAAUGAUUAGAUCUGAAAGUUCAGCUUUUGUUAAUGUGGAGAAGCAGCAAUGUAGCCAGUCUGAUAAAUCUGAUUUUCAAAAAGGCAGCAUUAAAGAGCGCAUAUCGCCAACCAGCUCUGACAGCAAGAGUGACUUGGUCAAGAUCGGUUCUGAUCGUACCUCUGGCCAUACUUCAGGUGAUGAGCUUGAAACAACCACAUCAUCAGACAUUGAAAUCAUCCCAAGUCCAAACGGUGACAACCAUGGUUUUCGUAACAGUCCUGCCAAAUACAACUUCAAAAAAUUUGAUGGAACAAUCUCACCGAACUUGGUUGAUUUAGUCUUAGGAAAAUCUUUAGCGACUAAAAUCCGUGGACAUAACAGAGAAUUAUCCGAAGCAUCAGUUCAAAGUAAUACAAGUGAUGACAGUAGUACAGAAAAUGACCGGUUGAUGCGUCGGCUAUGUGAAAUGGCAGAAAUACUGGAAGCCAGAGAGAAUAGACUGAUGGAAGUGAGCAGAAGCAAUGCAGAGCUGGCGGAGAGUAAUGCGGACUUGAAGACCCAGGUAGAGAGCUUGCUAGCAAAGCAUGGGAUGCACGAGAGUGGGGAUAUUAGUACAAUCACGGAGGACUAUACGCAGAGGAUGUCGGCGUUGGAAAAGAAGUUCCAACAGGCCAUAAGGGAAAAGGACCAGUUACGCAAGCAACUCGACAGCCUCAAAUCCGACUCGUCCCGCAAGAACUCCUCCGAGCUAGAAAGCAGUUUGAAAGAAAGGGAUGAAGUUAUAGCUCAGAUGCAAGAGGAAGGAGAGAAGCUAGCUCGUCAGCAGUUACAGCAUUCGAAUAUUAUUAAAAAACUGAGAGCGAAAGAGAAGGAUAAUGAGCAAGUUAUUAAAGGACUUAGGGAUAAAAUAGCCGAACAGACUUCCGAGCUAGACCGACUAAAGAGAUCUAUCGCUGCCAAAGAAGAGUUAGAAGUGUCACAAAUUGAGGCCGUUUACCGACUUACUACGGCUAAUAAGAAACUAGAAGUGGAACUUGCUGAGACAAAAAGCGCACUAGACGACGCAACCCAACGCCUCACCACGACCCGAGCGUCGCUCGAGGCAGCCAAACGAGAGCUGGCCGACGUAGACACGGAGCGAGUCGAGCUGCGCGCCCGCUGCGGCGCCGCGACGCGCGCGCAGCGGGACGCCGACCAGCAGCGCGCGCAGCUCGAGGCGCUACAACAACAACUGGCUGGUCUGAGAGCGGAAGUUGUUCAAGAGGAACGUCGGUGGGUGUCCCGCGAGGAAGCGCUCCGCCGAGAGCUAGCCGAGGCGCGCGAGCUGUGCGCCGCGCUGGAGGCCCGCGUCGGCGCCGCGGCCGGCGGGGACGGCGCCGGCGCGCUGCUGGCGCAGCUGGCCGCGCUGCAGCGGUCCGCGCUGGACAGGGACCAGGCGCAUGUCAACACUGUGAGGGGACUCAAGCAGCAACUCGCUGAAGCCGAAACCUCCCUAACCAAAGCCGUGGAACGCGAGCGUCUCUCCCGCGACGAAUUAGAAGAACUAACCCGACGACUAGCAGCCUCUGAAGGUUUACUGGACGACGCACAGAGCCGACUGGACACAGUGACUAGUCAGUGUCGAGAACUGGUCGCUAGGGUCGACACACUAGAGGAUGAAGUGGCUAGUAAAUCCAGAGAGCUGACGCGAAUAAAGGAAGAAACAAGCAAGGAAGUAGCAGAAUUGCGGCAACAGCUCGCCGCCGCUGAAACUGCCCUGGCCACAGCUCAAGAUGCCUUGGAGACGGAGAAAAAAAGAAAUUCUAUUCUACAGGAGCAAGUUUCAUGUCGUGGCGACAUCAGCCCGCCGCACUCCGUGGCGUCCGACACGCUGUCUUCUUCGCUGUGGGCUUCGGAGGACGCGGGGCGCGCCACGCCGCCGGCGCCGACCGCGCUGGACGAGCUGCUGGCGCGGCUGCAGCGCCGCGAGGGCGAGCUGCGCGCCGCCCGCGCGCGCGCGCUGCAGCUCGGCGCCGAGCGGGACGCGCUCAGGGACCACGUGGCGUCGCUUCGGGCCCGGUUGGAUGACUAUCAGAGCGUCCAAGAGCAAUACGACGCCCUGCUCCAGAUGUACGGCGAGAAAGAGGAGCAACUGGAGGAGCUGCGGCUGGACCUGCAGGACGUCACGCAGCUGUACAAGGCGCAGCUGGACGAACUGGUCGCUCUUAAACGGAGGUAGCCGGGCGGCCCGUCUUAAGCCACGAGAAUAUGUAAUUGUGUAUUAACGGCUAAAAAUCACAAAACUUAUAGACAACGGAACAGACAGACGUUAAGAAUCUCUCUGUAUGAUUAAAUGGCAUGCCGUAGCACUGGUUUUCUAGCAGACUGACAACAUUGUACGUAAAUAUGUGGCUUUCCAUCACAGAAGGGUCCUUAUGCUUCAAGUGCAACAAGGACGUUUCCAUCUGAAAUUCUAAUAGAAUUUAUGAUAAAAAGGCCCUUAUUGCAGGUGAAGUAUAAGGAUAUCUGAUGGAAAACCACAUAAGGUAGUGGUGGUAUGUUUAAAAACAAUUAAAAUGGAUUGCUGCGGCAAGAAAGAGGAAUAGCUUGAAGAGCUAUAACUAGACUAGACUUGCAAGACGUUCCUCAGUUAUACAGGGCGCAACUGGACGAACUGGUCUCUCUAAAGCGUUGCCAUCGGCCGCCCGUCUUAAGCCUACGGCAGAGGGAAUAUAUUUCCCACAAUGAUUUUGAACUUUAUUUCAGUGAUAGGGUUUAAUUAUGCGUAAUUUUUGACACCCUUAUGCCCGAUAAAGGCUUACCCCCUUAUUCAUAAACGUCUACUAAAGUUGACAAACCGCUAAUAAUCGUUUGUCACUUUUACAUCAAUACGUCGGAAAGGGACAAACGAUUAUUAGCGGGUUGUCAACUUUAGUAGACGUUUAUGAAUAAGGGGGUUAGUAUCUGAGAAGUUCUUACAAUUUCCAAUGGGGAAAGAAAUUACCUGUACUAUAAUUAUGCAUUAUUAAAAACUUUUUAUUUCUUGUGAAAUUUUUCUAAAUUGCUUUCGACUUUUUGGAAAUAAUACGCAAUUUUCACAUCUCUCAUUCUUCAAUAGCUCUAUUACUUAGACCUCCGUCGUGCCAUCCACGAUGACGCGCAGAUUUGUCAAAUAUAACCUCUAAUAACAUGAUAUUACGUGUCAAGGCACGCGUCGUCGUGAAUGACACGAUCGCUAUUACCAAAGUAAACCCUGUUUCAUCUCAAAAAGCUAAUAAGUAUAAUAAUACCAAUUAUAUCUCCUCGGUAUCAGAGAAAAGUUGUUAUUGUAAUUGCCAUUUGAAUUUAAAACGGUGUUGCGUGUGUGCUUCACUUGAAAAUCACGAAUUUGCACCCACGUGCUAUGUACAGUCAAAUGCAAAAAUAUGUGUAAAAAGGCCCAAAAAGAAAAGCACUCUUGUUGACUAUACAAUAAUGUAAUUAAUUCAAUAGAGGUACAACUGUUAUAAAAGCUUGACAAUGUUUAGUACCGGCCAGACGUCAUGUUUCUCGGAAAAAUCUUAACACCGCGAUCUAGGAUUUUCAACACAUGGUAUAGCGACAUCUAGCAGGCAAUUUGACAACUAAAAUUAACUUUUUGCAAAUAAAGUUAGGAAAUACAUACAGAGGUUGGACAAUAUGUAUCGAAAGAAUCGUCUCAUAAAUAUGGUACUACGCUCUUAUUACACUGGAAUAAGAUGCUAUGGGACAUAUUUUUGAGUAAGAUGUGUACACCCAUAUUUAUACACUUGACUGAACACAGCUUACAUUGUGAUAUGCCUUUAUAAAAAUACUUAUAGAUUUAAAAUCGUGGUUAUGAUCAGAAAUGUGUACUCGGAGAAAUGUACAAGCAAGGAAUAUAUCUGUGCCACUUAGUAGGUACAUUGUCACUGGGAAUUGUGACAAUGUACAGUCAAGGUAUUAAAUAUCGAUGCGGAGAAAGUGACAAAAAUAUGUACACACUCCCUUAAUAUAUGGGCAAUAAGGUAGUGUAUACAUAUUUUUGGCACUUUGUCCGUAUCGAUAUUUAAUACCUUGACUGUACAACUAACUUAUCAACUUUAUGAACUUGCACUUUUUCAUUUUUUUUGCGCAUUGUGGUACAGAAACCAAAUUCCUUGGCUGUACAGCUUAGAACAUACAACAUCUGGAAUAGCCUGGACGUAUUUGCGUCAAAAAAAGUACGGAAGGUGGAGAUAAGGAACGAAAUCUCCAUAUACCAAAAAGUGUCAUCAAAAAACCUUAAAUAGGUGGCGCUACAAUACGUAGAGUACUUGAACAAAAAAAAACAAAUCAUAGACAGCGCAAUUCACUCCGUCAAUAACGCCUAGGUUCUUAGCUACUCUAGCGCUACUCUGGAGAGAUUUGGAACUAUUAUUUAUAGCUGACAGCUGGACACUUCUGCAACAGUUCUACCAUAAGAGAUGCCACUCCUCUUAAUUCCACACUCCAUAAAAAAAGACUUGCAGAGAAGAUCUGUGUCGAAACACGAAGAGACACACACAUGAAUAAAAAUUAACACUUAAAUCAUUCUCAUUUUGACACGCACAAACAUAUUAUACAUGGAAAUUUAUAUAUACGAUGUUUUGCACAUUGCCACAGAGUAAAUAAUAAUACUACCGUACAUAAAUGACACUUCCUACAAAACCGAAGUUUGACAGCAAUUCAGGGUAGAAUCAUGCUGUCCCUUUCUAAUGUAUAACACUAUCCCUUUCGGCUAUUUAGGGUUGACAAAAUUGAAGCCAUUAUCUUAUCUGUGGUCGUGCACGCAAAGGGACGUUAAGUUGUGCCAACCCUAAUAAUUGCUCGCAGCAAUUCUGAGCCGAACGGAGCCGAGAAUGGCCGAAAGGAGGAGUGUCGCCCCACUGACAUAGUGCAAGUUUUUUGACAGAGGGGUAAGUUACUGAAAGGCUAGUCCAAUUAUCUAUGGUCUAGGCUGUACAAGGACACCACUAUGUAAAGAAGGACUUAUUGCCAACGGGUUUAGGGCAAUACUCGUAAGUAUGUAAAUAAGGGGUGGCCAACUUGAUUAGACCCAAGAUCUCCUGUUUGCUAACGAAACCCUGUGCGAUCUACCAAUUACAUACUUCUUGAAACCUUAAAUGAAACUGGUCUACGUAUUUAUAUUUUUUGCCUUGCCACGAUCGACUGACCAAACAGUCGCGAUCGACCUGUUGGCCACCCCUGAUGUAAAUGUUUUGUCUUUGGCAACUUAUAAUAGAUGACCUUGAUAUUAGAGUACCGUGAAAUAAAUUGUACACUGGUGCUCAAGAAUCGCUAACAAUUAUGCAAUAAUCUAGUUAGAUAUAGUCUGGUAACGUGCAGGCAUUUUAUUCAUAGGUUUAUCAAUUUUGGUUUCCUUAACGGAAUUUUUUUUAAAAGCUUAUAGAAUUUUGAGAAGGCGAACUAGCCGAUUAACCGAGGCCAUUGCUGGAAAUAAAAGUAUUAUUUUUAGUGAUAUUUUGAAACUGUCACAAAUAAACCCGUUUUAUAAUACCUAGAGUCAUUUACAUUUUAAAAUUUUGACUUCAUUGCACGAAAUAGUGAUAUUGAGUUCAUAGAUAUAUUACGUUUUAUGUUAUGUUAGUGAAAUCCAGAUAAGGCAAGCAUGAGUAAUAUACACUCUAGAGCAGGGGUGGCCAACUUGAUUAGACCCAAGAUCUCCUGUUUACUAACGAAACCCAGUGCGAUCUACCAAUUACAUACUUCUUGAAACCUUAAAUGAAACUGGUCUGCGUAUUUAUAUUUUUUUGCCUUGCCACGAUCGACUGGACUAACAGUCGAUCGACCUGUUGGCCACCCCUGCUCUAGAGGAAAUAAAAGGAUCACUUUGUAUGGGUAUUUGUGUACAAAUUGAUAAGUACUAAAUACUUAGCUAGGAAAUGGCGUAUGAUGAUGAUGAUCUUGUUGAUUGAAUAAACUCAAAACUUUUUUCAUUUUUGUUGUUCGAAUUUGCCAAAUUCUUGGUUAUAAAUUCAAAAAUUCUAUAUGAAAUUUAUUUAAUAUUAUUUUAUUGGUUGCUUAGUUAUAUUCUUUAAAUGCCUGAGAUGUUACUUAGUGUUUUUGUUUAGUAUGUAAAGAUGUAUAGAUUAUGUAAAGCUUUUAUGUCGCAGACAUAAAUAUGUGAAUCUAAAGACCAGUGAGUUGAACCGUUCGUUAGUCAGAUUCGGUGUCCAUACAUUUACGUCAAGGGCUGGGGGUCUUAUGCAAUUACAUUGUUAUAAGCAACUUACUAGUUAUAAUGUCGUUGGAUAUAAGUCAGUGGUGGCAAGUGCCCUCCUCGUGUGUCAAGUGGCAAGAACACAACCUCAAGAAGUAGGGCUCAGGGCUAUAGCCGGGAAUCUCUUCAUUUGUUCGUCUGUCUCUAGCUAUAACCCCUUGUCUGUGUAUGAUAAGGGUAGGUGGGAAUUUAUUGUUUUAAAUGUCAAGGUCACUGUUUCAAUGAUCAAAUUUGACAGGCCGCAUACGAGGGGAUAAGAGUAGUCGGUCAUCAUAAGCGCCACAACGCCAUCUGACGAAAUAUGUGAAAAACCAAUUAGGGUAAACAGUCUAUUACUGGCCACCUUAUACUAAAAUGGCUAAAAUUAGAAUUCUAUUUAUUUAUUUACACAAUUCAAGUAAACUAAAUAACUAUCGUUCUGGUGAUUAACUUAGAUUGUGUGAUUAUUAAACAUAAUCCCUUUUAGUAUAAGGUGGCCAGUAAUAGACGGUUUACCCUACAAGGGAAAUUUUUAGGGUAUCUUUUAUUUAUUUAAUAUUUUUUAAGGUAAUAGUUUUUUGUAUAGUAAAACAAUCGUUAUAUUACCUUAAAAUAAUUAAAUAAAUCAAAAUUAUCCCAAACAUUUUCUUGCUUAGGAGGCCUACCUUCGUGGUCCCUAGGUACCUUUGUUUUGUUUGCCAUUUAGGGCACUUGCGUCACCUGACUACUUAUUUGUUUCGUUCUCAGGGAAAAGGACUUCAGUGAUGGCUCUCUCGUGCUAAUAAUUCCUAUUGAAAGUUCGUUAAUAUUUAGACACACUAGCAUCUACCACACGGAGGUUCCUUUUCGUUGAAAACGACAUUUUUUAAUAAUUCACAGCUGCCUGUAUGUUUUUGUAAAUAAAAAUAAAACAAGUC